AUGGAUAUUGCCAAGCCCUCGACUAAAGUCAUAACCUCAUCACCACCGGCGAUCCAGCAAAAUGUUGAAGGAAGUUAUGAUUACCGGUUACCAGCUCAACCCAAGGUCUGUGCACCAUUUGCCGGCUGUAUGAUAGGCACCGUGAUGCCUGGUUAUCGGAUAUCCAGUUUUGAGGCAUUUAUGGGAAUACCAUAUGCCCUGCCACCGGUUGGGGAUUUACGAUUUAGUCACCCCAAAGCCUAUCCCCGUUCGAAUGAUGUAAUUAAUGCCACAGUGCCCAAAUCGGAUUGCAUACAGAAAAAUAGUCUAAUCCCGAAUCCCCAAUCAAGUGGCACGGAAGAUUGCCUUUACCUAAAUGUGUACCGGCCCAUUAAACGCAACACUGCAGAAAAAUUACCCGUUAUGGUGUACAUUCAUCAGGGUGGUUGGUUUACCGGUUCGGUGAAUCCAACAAUUGUGGGUCCCGAAUAUUUUAUGGAUACGGAAGAUGUGAUUUUAGUAACCUUCAAUUAUCGUCUAGGUGUUUUUGGUUUCCUAUCCACCGAGGACGCCAUAGUGCCGGGAAAUUUCGGCCUCAAAGAUCAAACGCUGGCAUUGAAAUGGGUACAGCGGAAUAUCGCCGCCUUUGGUGGCAAUCCCAAACAGGUAACACUGUUUGGACAAAGUGCUGGUGGGGUGUCGGCCCACAUGCAUAUGUUGAGCAAACAUUCAGAGGGCCUCUUUCAUGGCGUGAUAUCAAUGAGCGGAACGGCAAAUGUACCCUUUGGCAUAAAACAGAAUUCAUUGCGAUUGGCCCAGGCCACAGCCAAACAUUGUAACAUCACAAAUGCCGAGCAUUUGAGUACGGCGAAGUUGUUGAAGGCCCUCCGAUCGGUUGAUGCUGAGACAUUGUUGCAAGCAGCAGAUGCCAUUAAAUAUUGGGAUGUUGAUCCGUUGACGUUGUAUCGGCCUGUGGUGGAAAAUUUCGAUAGCCCCGAUGCAUUUUUUACAGAAAAUCCGGAAGAGAUAUUAAAGCGGGGUGAUUAUAAGGCAGUGCCAUUUAUAACUGGUGUUGUACCGGAUGAGGGCGCGGUACGUGCUGUGGCCAUACUUGAAUCACAGGCUCUGCGAAAAACAUUCAAUGAAGAUUUUGAUAAUUUAUUGGAGGAGUUUUUGGAAUUGCCAAAAAGUCUGGGUGGUCAGAGGCGGAAAGCUUCGAUGGACAGCAUUGUAAGAGAGUAUUUUGAGGGGAAGCAUGAGUUGUCGAAUCGUGGUUUUAUUGAUGUCGUCACCGAUCGUGGUUUCCAUUAUCCAUUCUAUAAUACGAUCAAGACCUAUAUCAGUACCGUUAAUACUGCCAAAUCUCCUCUGUAUCUCUACUAUUUCAAUUAUAAAGGACCCCACUCGUAUAGCACCAUCUAUUCGGGAGGUAUGACCAGCUACGAUUAUGGUGUGGUGCAUUGUGAUGAUUUAAUCUAUUUAUUCCGAUCGCCAUUGCUGUUUCCUGAUUUCGAGAAAAAUUCAACACAUGCCAAAGUCAGCAGUGCUUUUGUUCGGCAUUUUGUGGAAUUUGCCAAGAAUCGUAAACCUUACCCCUCCACGGAAUGCAGUGCUGAGACCUUCCCCUAUGAUUCGGAAAAUGCCAUUUGUGAUUAUGUCGCAUUUGAAAAUGCGCCAAAUAAUUCGUUUCAUAUUAGCAAGCAGCAGAAGUUCAAUGUUUCACGAAUGCAGUUUUGGGAUGAAAUUUUACGAAGGGAGUAA